AUGGAGCCGGUGAAGAAAAUUCCUAGGCCUUCGCAGGCGACGAAGAGGGAGAAGCAAGAUGACUCCGUCAUGGGCACCAAUAAUAGCAGUAUUGUAUCAAAAAGGAGCGUUGAGAGAAUAUACUAUUCUCAUGAGCCUCAAUUUUUCAGACAUUUUGUCAAGAAGCCCCAGCGGCGGGCACCUUUGAUCAAUCGUGGCUACUGGCUACGAAUGUAUGCCAUUGACUACGUUGUCCGACAAUUCUUGGCGGAGCCAUCCCAAAAGCAAAAAGUCAUUAUUAAUCUAGGUUGUGGGUACGAUCCUUUGCCCUUUCAAUGCUUGACCCGGUGGGGCGAGGAUUGUCAGGGCGUCAAAUUUCUUGAUGUGGACUACCCACAGCUCAUGGAAAGAAAACGCGAGAUGAUUGUAGCUUCGGAGAAUUUGCAUGGACUACUGUCCCAUAUGGAGAUCGGCCAGCCCAAGGAAGCCGUCAAGCUGAGAAGCGAUCAAUAUCUUGCCGUAGGCUGCGACUUGCGGCAGGUUGACAGCCUCGAGAAAAUCUUAAGUAAAGACUUGAAGCUUUCUGACUGCAUUAUACUCUGUGUGGCCGAGGUGUCUAUCACUUAUAUGGAUAUCGAAGCAGCUGAUGCCGUCAUACGGUGGGGCGCUCAAUAUGAGAAUAUCUGGUUUGGCCUGCUCGAGCAGAUUAUUCCUGAUGGUCCAGAGCAUCCCUUCGCGAAGACAAUGUUUCAGCAUUUUACCAAGCUGAAUACCCCUCUUAAAUCUGUAAAGAAAUACCCCACAUUAGAUGCACAGAAGCAGCGAUUCGUCAACGCCGGUUGGCCUCUUCCUUUUGCAGAGAGUCUUUGGGAGCUGUGGAAAAAGCCUAGCUUUUUGUCCUCGGAGCAGCGGAAAGCCUUAGACUCCAUCGAGCCAUUUGAUGAGUGGGAAGAAUUUGCACUCUUCGCGUCUCACUAUCUUUUGUUGAUUGCUAGAAAACCUAGCAAACUUGAUCAUUCAAAGCGUGAAGAAUCCGUAACGAACGGUUCCCAUCACGAGGAGAGGACAGAGCCUGCUGUCGACAUCAGCUAUUCUGAAAAUCCCCCGAGUGAAGGUCGAAGGCGAUUCGGCGCGGCAGUUAAUAUCACGCCAUCAAAGGCAAUUUAUCAUGGUGGUCUGGGUACGCAGACGCGCUUGAGCACGAUAGAUAUCUAUUCGCAAGAACGCAUGGAACCGGGCGAAUUCAGCGAAGAAAUUUUAGUACCUCCUUUCACAGCUCGAAAAUGUCAUACUAUGACACGCCUUGGAGACGGAUCAUUGCUACUUGUUGGCGGUCGCACCUCGCCUGACAAGUCAAUGGCAGAUUGCUGGUUGGCAUCUAACGGCACUUGGCAAAGAGUAGACGAUAUUCCUAUCCCGAGGUAUAGGCACUGCGCCUGCGCAAUUUCUCAUCGUAGUCCCGCAGGGACAAGCUAUCGUAUACUAGCCGCUGGCGGCAAAAGUAAUGGCUGCAACGUCCUGGGCGACUGGCUCAUCUGGGACGCUCAGAAGGGCUGGCAUGCGCCAGAGAUCAGCGGUGACGUCCCCAGCCCUCGGUUUGGCGCGUCAAUGAUGGCUUCUUCAGCCUCGAGUGGUAUCCUUCUCGGAGGGAUGGCGGCAGAUGGCACCGUCUUGGAGGAGUACUGGGAGUGGUACGUGGAGGAGAACGAGUCAUUGCGAAUGAGCUUCCGAAAUCGGACUCAAGAUGCCAUUCGAUCAAAAAUUGGUCGGAUUGGAAUCAAUCGGUUUGGCGCAGCACUUGUUCCUUCCACACUCGGGCCUCUAAUCCUAGGAGGUGUUACUGGACUUGGAAUGCUUGGCUUCGAAGAUGAAAUCCUUAUCCUAAACCCAAAUGACGUUUCAUUUUCUAGAAUCAAUGUCACGCUCGACGGUCCACGUCCUCUGCUUGCAGGCUUUUCCGCAACGGAACAAGCAACAGACAGUAGCACGGAUGGCGUGGCUAUUUUCGGAGGAGGAGCUGUUUGCUUCUCUUUUGGAACGUACUGGAACGACGGGGUCUGGACUCUAAAGACAUCUUCGGACAAGAUUGCCAACUGGCGGUUGGCGAUCGCGCCAAAAAAUACUACACCUUCCGUCCUGGAUACGCCUUCAGUUGAUACGAAUUCUUCAAUACCAUCCUCCAUUACUUCAGCUCUCUUUCCUCAAACCACUACCAUUCCUAGGGUCAGGGUUCAACAUGCCAGAGAAUUCAACAAAAUCUUAGCUGCCGGUCAACCUGUCAUUCUUGAAGGCGGUGACAUUGGACCUUGUGCCGAGCUAUGGACAAGCCAAUAUUUGAAAGAGAAACUUGGGACAGAUCGUUCGAUUGUUGUUCAUGAGGCUCAGGCCAAAGACAUGGACUUUACUUCUAAAAACUUUUCGUACACCACGAAGAGGCUGGAGGAAUUUCUUGACGCUAUAGAUGACGGACACAAGAUGUACCUUCGUGCGCUUUCCGCCGACAAGCCGGCCGAUAAGGCGUCCAUGCUUGCAGAUGAUUUCCCACAGAUUGCGGCAGACUUUCGAGUCCCUUCGGAGCUUGAAUUCGUCGCGAAAAACAUGCACAGUUCGCCUUUGCGCAUCUCAGGUCCUGUCAAUAUGUGGCUGCACUAUGAUGUGAUGGCAAACGUCUAUUGCCAAAUCCGCGGUUCUAAGCGCCUACUGCUCUUUCCACCUCGCGACGUUUCUCAUCUUCACUUCGCGCCAGGAGCCUCAAGUUCCCCAGUAAAUGUCUUUGCGGCGGAGGCUGCAUCCGCGCAAUUAGCACGGAGUCGCGACCCAGUGGCAGAAACACAAAGUGUCGACCGACUCCCGGCCACACAAGCGCCUAUUUCUCCCACCACCCUAGCACAUAUUUCUGCGCUGUCUCACACGCAUCCUCAUGAAGCCAAUUUAAGGCCUGGCGAUAUCCUUUUCCUUCCUCCUUUAUGGCUUCACACUGCAACUGUUGCAGCACCGUCUCCUGGUGAGCAAGGACCGAGUGACAAGCCAAAUUCUGCAAAUGCAAGCGCUACCAGUAUUGCUGUGAAUAUAUUUUUUCGAAACUUAGACUCAAAGCCCGGCGACAGUACGAAUGGCAAAAGUGGAUCUGGGGCAGGUUCUAACUUUUAUGCCGCUGGCAAAGAUGUGUAUGGAAACAGAGAUCUCCGGCCCUACGAAACAGGUCGCAGGGACGUUGAUCGUAUCGCAAAAGGGUUUGACGCACUCCCUAGGGAUAUACGGAGGUUUUAUCUGGAACGUCUGGCACUUGAAUUGCUAGAUAAAGCAAGGGAACGGGGUGGAUAG